AGCAAUAAUAAUGAUAUGCAUUAUGUAUUCAAACUAUGGUUUACCAAAUGUUUAUAACUUUUUACUCUUAUCAUUGAUUCUUAAAUGAAAUGUUAGUUUUGCGAAAAUAUACAUGAGAACGUUUAACUAAAAGGAAGUUUAAAUUUUAUACAUGUUUAAAUGGAAACCUUAAUGAACUGUACGUGUAACGUUGGUGGAUGUUCAUCCAGGGAUUGGCUUAAUGCAGCACCGUGUCCACCCCCUUUCUUUUACGACAAGUUCGUAGACUAUGCAAUAAACAUCGGUAUUUGCAAACAGGAGGUUUGUGAAAUAGCCAAGAGAUGUUUGAAAAGAUUUCCAACGGAUGCAUCAUCAAGCAUAAUUCAGAGAGCUUGUUCACCUUUGACAUCAUCAACGAGUCUAUUUCAACAACAGUAAGCUCUUCGACGCAGAUAAUUGUUACUACGCCAUCUUCCUCAGGUAGCCCCCAUUUUCUGGUCGUGCCGUUGAUCGUCGUGGGUACUGUUAUUGUUGUUGUUGUUGCUGCACUGAUCGUCGCCUGUGUACUCGUGAGAGUGAGGCGCAAAAAGACCUGUUACAAAUUUAAGAUAAAUAAAAAGGGGAAAGAAAAAUUUAACCAGCAAAUGAAGACACUUGAAAGCAAUAAACGGAUAAAUUCCACUGACGUUGUUGAUGAUGGUGAACUCAUAGAAGUUAAUAGACGUAGUGAAUAUGCUGCUAACCAUGGUGAUGGUAAUGGUGAAGAAAAUAAUUGUGAUGACGGUAGAGUAAUAAGUAGUGGCGAUGAUGCUGGUGGUUUUGAAAAUAUAAAUGAUCACGGUGAUGAAGGAAAUAAUGGUGGUAAAGAAAAUAUUGGUUAUAGUGAUAUUGGUGAGAAAGAUGAUAGCUUGGUAGUAGAAGACAAUAAUGUUUUUAGAGAUACUGUUUGUGGUGAUGGUGUAGAGGUAAUUGAUGAUUGUUGUGGCGCAAACAUUAUUGAUUGCACUGGGGAAGAAAAUAAUGCUACCGCUGGUGAAUAGAACGUUAAUAAUAAUAAUAAUGGUAAAGAGUAAAUGAUGUUUGUGUUUCAGAUUUAGAAACAUGGUGUAGAUAUUAAAGGCAAUGAAGAAACAUUGUUGGGAUAUGAUUCUGAAUGACGAAAAAAGCGUCGGUGAGAGAUAAAUGGCGAUGCAGAUGAUAAUGAUGUCUAUUUUGAAGGUGGAAAAGAUGUUGUUGAAAAGAAUGGCGCGAAGAAAAAUGAAAAUGCUAGUACCGCUUGUAUUUUUGAUGGAAGUCAAAGAUUGUCAUCCUUGAACAUACACUUUGACACGUGUCGUGUGUGCCAAUAUUUAUAUGACAAUACAUUUUCCAACGAGAAAGUAAACUUAAUAUGCGAAAAGUGAUAAUCACGAACAGAUAUGAAGUGUGUUCGUUUAACUUUAUCCGCCGCUUUAAAAGAAAAAAAUCAAAAUGACUUUAACUUCUGUGAAUAAUUGUCAUUAUACCUUAUUACUUGUCAGAAAGAACGCUCAUUAUUUCGCUCAUGUCCUCACAAAUGCGUAUGUACUCACAUUUCAAUUAUCUGUAUUAAACCA